UACGGGGUCGGAUCCAUAUCCGCUACUGUUUCAAGAUCUCACUUUCACAGCUCGGGCCAACUUCUUCUUCUUCCUCGCACUCAAAAAUGAAGCUCGUCAGGUUUUUGAUGAAAUUGAACAAUGAAACUGUGUCGAUCGAGCUCAAGAACGGGACCGUGGUCCAUGGAACCAUCACUGGUGUUGAUGUGAGCAUGAACACUCACUUGAAGACGGUUAAAAUGAGCCUUAAAGGGAAGAACCCAGUGACAAUGGAUCAUCUAAGCUUGAGGGGUAACAACAUACGCUACUAUAUUCUUCCUGAUAGCUUGAAUCUGGAGACUUUACUUGUUGAAGACACUCCUCGUCUUAAACCUAAGAAGCCUGUUGCUGGGAAGCCUGUUGGACGAGGCCGUGGACGUGGUGGUCGUGGCCGUGGUGGUGCUCGUGGAGGCAGAGGUCGUUAAAUAGAGCACUGGGAACCCUUUUUGUGUCUGAAUUUGUAGUAGGAGAAUGUAUUGAACUAUGUAUCUUGCAAUGGGAACAUCUGAUUAGGAAAAAUGGUAUGAUUAACGCUCGUAAGAAUGUUACUAUGUAAUGCAAUUUCAUGGAUAUAGAAGAUUUAGCUUUUUCAUGUUAUGAGAGCUUGUACAAGUA